UCUUUAUGCAGGGUUACUUCAAGAUGGCGCAAGUCUACGAAAGCUUGAAACAGAAUAGCCGAGCCAAGAAGGUUAUCGAGUACUACACCAAGCGUUGUAACUUUUUGUCCCUAGACUUGAAUCGCGAGAUCCUCGAACUUCACAAGAGGCUGACUGAGGCAGGAGAAAAGGCUAAGAAUGGAAAAACGGAUACUACUAAGAAUCAACCAACAACGAACAAGCCAAAGGCAAAACCUGCUAUUCCAGACUUGGUGUCAGACUCGGACUCCGACGAAGCGGCUCCUCCACCUAUGACGCAAUCCAAACCCCCCCCUACUCAGCAGGCGCCACCUGUUAGUGACAAGCUCACCAAGGACGUCUUAAAAAAAUCAUGCGAAGACCUAGUAGUUGGCCUGUAUAAGGUAGCAUUGCAAGGUUUCAAGACAGUGCUGGCUCAAAAGCAAGAGCUUACCGAGCUCAACAUGGUACUCGUGGAAUACGCAGCCGGCUGUGCAUUGCUUGGAAUGGGAUCCCUGGAGGAUUUGAAAAACUCGGUCGAAUAUUUUCUCGGCAUCAUCAACAACCACAAGGACAUUGUGUUUCCUCUGGCGUACUAUGGCGUCUCAAAGGCCCUGGUCAAAAUGAACAGGUUCUCAGAGGCCCUGCCGCACAUUGAAAAAUGUUUGAGUAUCCUUCAAAAAGGCAUACAGUUCAACGAGAACCUGCUAUGGCCCGAGACGAAAACUAAGGUCGACAAUGCGAAGAGGCCACAACUCGAGAAAGCGAUGGAGGAGAUGCAGGCGCUGUGCCGGGCGCCGCCAAAGUGGGACGCCAUGUGUUGCUACGAGGCGUGCCCAUUGCAGAAGCCCAUUUACUACAGUGACCCCGACUUCAAGGGCUUCCAGCAACUGCACUGCGCUUCCAAGUGCCUUGUCCAGUACCACCCUGCCUGCUGGAGGGAGUAUCGAGAGUCUCGCAACCUCACCGAAAAGGGGUUCCUCGGCGAGGCAUGCCCAACUCCGGACUGCUGCGGUGUUGUCAUGAAAGUUGAGGCCAUCGAGAAAGACGGCACCGUAGGAAAGCAGUUUGUCCACACCCAGCUGCUUGUUGAGACUGCGCCGAAGCAGAAGAAAACAAAGAAGGAGAAGAAACUGGAGCAGCGAGAGCAGAAGAAACAGCAGCGCCGUGCCACUGAGCCUGGCACCAAGCAGCCAGCGAACGAGAGAGAGGACGACACCACUUCAGGGCAGAGCAGCAUUGUCUGCGAGUCGUCUGGCGCCACCACAGCUGAAGACGUGCCAAAGGAACCCUCGGUCGAGCGGGCAAAGGCGCCCAAGGCGCAGCCAAAAGUGCCCUCUGAACCAGCACAGCCUCCAGCUUCUCAGAAUGUGGAAGCCGCUCAUCCGUUGCAUGGCGAUGCUCAGUACGUACUGAAGAAAGAUGAAGACAUCGAUGAGGAUAUUCACAUGGACGGGAGAGCUAAGAAGUGGAAGAAGAAAAGGAGCAAGCCGGUGCGGGUCUUGGAGCUGGAUGCCGGCAACUUCCUUUAUUCGGAAUAUCAGGAAAGAAUCAGGAGGCUGGCCGAGUACAAGAGUGCUGUUGAAGAGCAUGGUGACUGGAGGACUUUCUGCCAAAGGCAGAAAGAGAUGAUCCCAGAGCUAGAUCCCGAUGCUCCUUUCUACAUUCCCGAGGGGCUUAGGAACAAUGAGGCCGCCCUGGAGGCAGUCCUUCAACAUCACGGCACCAUUUAUGGAGGGGAGAGCGCUGAUGUGAACGAGACCAUCUACCAGCUGUUUGAGGACCUGAUUGAGAGCAAGGGCCCCAUUUCAAUUCAUGACAAGCUGCUGGCAGAGGAGGUGAUGGCCUUCCCCGAGCUUGCCCGGCAGACGGUGGCGAAGGCGGGUGGCCUGCAGAGCUUCCUGCUACGGUCGCUGCGCUUCACUUUCGACGGCGACGUGAUUUACACUACAGGCAUGCGACCCCGGGGUACCAGCUUGUUCAAGCCAGACGAAAUAUCACUUCCCGACGACGGCUCCGAUUAUGAGGAAGAAGAGGAGAGUGACGAGGAAGAAGAAUUGGACGAGGAAGAGUCCAACGAAUGUGACUUGUCGCAGUACGUCGAAACAAUGGGCCAAGCUGAGGAAGCAGCCACUGCUCCCCCAGCACAUGCUGCAGACGCUGCUCCCCCAGCACAUGCUGUAGACGCUGCUCCCCCAGCAGACGCUGCAGAUGCUGCUGGUGGCGAUAAAGCAUCCAACCCUGGUGCACGGUUGAUGCAAGCCAUAUCCACCUGCUAUCUUAACCCCAAUGCCAAAGCCUUCGAACUUCCUCUCUCUGCCCUGGGUGCAGCUUCGCAGAGUGGCGACGCACAGCAGCAGAAUUCUUCCGUCGGAAAGAAGACGGCAGCGACGGCAACACGUAUGGACGCAGGUCGUGAGGUGGUUGUCCAAAAACUUCUAGUUGCACUGCCACCAAAGCAGCUGGGCGAGUCUCUUGUUCUGGCCGUAAAUUCCUUUCGUGGUCCGCUGUCGUCAGAAACGUUGGCUACGAUAAACAGCGGCCUGGAGCACUGCAAGCUGUUCAAUAAGAUGGCGGUGCAGGACUUCAGCGUCCAAGUCGAACAGCCCAUACCGUACUUGGAGGAACGUGAUGCCUUGCUCGAAAAGUGUCGAGUGCUCUCGCACGAGAACACUCUGCUCAGUGGGAACCUGCAGGGUGCCCUGGACUACGGCACCCAGAUGGCCAGCAAACACAAUGUGGAAUCCAGCCAGUACAAGGAAAAGAUUCAAGACUUGAAAAACGAACUGGAGGCCACAAAACAGAACUACAAGAAGCUCAAAGGGGAAACAGAAGCCGAGAUUAAGAAGUUGCAGCAGGAACGACUCAAGCUUAAGGAGGAGAUCAAGCUUCUCAAGACCAGCAGGAAUGACAGCAAUGUGAAAGAAACUUUGGACAAGACUAUCACAGAAUAUGGCAAGCUGAAGUCUCACAAUCAAGACCUGGAAGAAACGUGCAGGGUGCUUGAAGAGGCAUCCGACAGUGCAUUGGACAGGGCAAAGCGUGCAGAGAUACGCAUAUUGGAGACUGCUCUUAAGUGGGGCCUGGAAAGGUUUGAACGAGCCAAGAAGCAAGUUCAGAAAGUCUUGCAGGAUGUGGAAGGCUUGAAAAGCUCUCUGGAUCCCAGCAGUCUUGCCGAGUUGUCGCGAAAGGAGAAGCUAGCUGACCUGUAUGUGUUGGAGUGGUCCAAGGCCUACAAUCAGUUUGAGCGAAAAGUGCAAGAGCACAUGCAUAAAGUGCAGAGCGGCCAUGCCCUGGCUGACCUCGAUGUGAUAGACUUGCCCGAUUUUGAAAUCGUGAUGCCAAAGUCACCGCUGCUCCCACUUCCAAAGCAGCAGGCCCAAAUGCCAGGUUUCGUGCCAGUGCCAGACAUUGCCUUGGCAGCCAGGCCUAAGGUACCGAGCUUCCAGACCCCAGGCCCCCUCUUUUCCAACCCGCCUGGCAUAACGCUGCCUCUUACUCCAUUGCCCACGGCCAUAUCUCCCCUGGUAGAAGCGCCAGCAGGGGCCAGGGCCAUGCCAAUUCCUGCAGCACCAAAGGCCAUGCCCAGUGCUCCAUCACCCAGGCCUGUCCACACUGGCGUGACUGGAGGCCCUCCUCCAGGCCUUGGCCAACGCUUUGUCGGUGCAGCUCCUGUGUCUACAGCCUAUCUGAGUGAAACUGCAUCGGCUGCUGGCGUACAGGCAAACACAGUUCCAGGACUUCCCGCUGCAAGCCGACCUGCUGAAAAGGCACCCCACGAGGCACCUGCGCAAUCGCAGCGAAGCGAGAAGCUUAUGCGCAAGCUCAUGGAUAAAUAUCCCAGUUGCUCUCGUGAGGACAUCCAGGCGGCACUGAAGCGUGUUCACAAAGCAAAGAGCUUCAAAGGUUUAACCAUUGCAGACAUCUUCAAGGCCACAUCAGAAGUUCUAGAUGAAACAUUCCCACGUGUUGAGGCAGGUAACCCCCAGGCAGAGGAGGACCACAAGGUGCCAGCCAGAACAACGCCAUUUGCUGUUCCACAGCAACCUAACAAGCCGCGGCCGGUGCUGAGGGCAAUGCGGCCCAGCCAGGCGGCCAUGCCCCAGCCGCCUGUGCAGCAGCAGCAGAAGACAUGGACCAGCCGCCACGACUCGCAGCAUUCGUGGAAUGGCAGCACCACUCAGUGUAGCAUCUGCCUGGAGGACCUCAACGGCUCCAACAGGGAGAUGCGCACCUCUUGUGGACACUGCUUCCAUGAAAAGUGCCUGCAAGAAUGGUUCAAGACGGACCACAUUUGUCCCAACUGCCGUGCGCAUACUCUUUCGGACAAAGACUUCCCAACAUUGGGCUAAUGACCAUCCCGAAGGGGGCCUAUUUUUUUUACAGAUCCGGUUUGUACAUUUAUUGCACAAGAGCUGCGAUAAAUAUUACAUCUGUGGCCUUGCAAGUUGCAAUAAAUGGCUUUUUUAUUACAA